AUGGUUUAUAACAGAAAUUAUUUUAUUCAUUUGUGUCAUUCAAUUGAUGUGAUUAUGGAUGAGAAGAGCGGUCUUCAGGAGAGGAAUACCGCCAAUCAAUACAUGGAUUCGUUUAAAUCAAAUCAAAACGUUUUCAUCUUAUUUGAUGUCUCCUUAAGACUUCUGAACCAAACCACCGAUGAGUUGAACACUAAGUCCGUUGUCUACAAAGUGUUUGGUCUGCAGACACUUGAAGUGGUCAUCAAAUUUCAUUGGAAUUCAAUCGAUGACAGUCUGAAGCAACAAAUCAAACAAUUGAUCCAAAACUGGUUUUUGGUUGACUUGUCUUCGGAUGAGGUUGUGGUGAAGGAAUGGCGACAUAUGAUGAACGGAUUGAGUCGAUGUGUUGUCGAAGUAGAGACCAAAUCCAAAGACGUGAAGAAUCUUCGCCGACACGCGUGUUCUCUAUUCAUUAAAAUAUGUCAAACAUAUCCAACACUAUUAGUCCCUUUAUUUCCAACCAUUAAAAGCUAUAUCCAAAGCGAAGCCUCAGAUUUACAGAAAUUGAGUCAAAUGGAAAGAUGCGCUUUAUAUGAAGGACUUGUGUUAAUCAGUAAUGAAUUUGAAGACAUCAAACAUCAGGAAGAGUUUAUUAGAGAAUUAAUUGCAUCUAUAAAUUGGAUCAAAGACUACAAAAUAAAUGCAUUGGAAUUUAUAUGCGAUAUCGGUCUUCACGUAGAGUCGAUAGACGAUAACACUUAUGGUCAAAAACGGGCUAAUAUUUUAUAUGUGGUGAAUCUUAUGUUGGAAUAUCAACACAAGUGUUACGAAAAUUACAAGAGUCUGGUGUACGCUGUGAUCACUGAAACAGAUAAACAACAUGUUUUAGAUAUUAUCUCUAAUAGUGAACACAUUACCACUAAAUCAGAUGCAUAUCGGAUGCAAUGGAAUGAAAUCAAAACCAAGAAUAGUUCAAUAGAGGAGGGCAUGAAAGACGAGAGCGAACCCAUUGAGGCUGAAGUGAUUUCCGAUCAAAUCAAUCGAUUUCUAGGCAAAGAGUUUAUUGAAUUAUUGGCAGUUAUUCUGAGCCCAACUAAAGGAAACUCUUCGGAUAUAAGUAGUGAUGUCUUCGACACAAAUAUCUCUGAAUUAGGAAACUAUUUAUUAAAUACCAUUCCAAACGUUAUUAUAUACCCGACCGCAAAGGCUCUCUCAUGGCUCGACUCAAACACCGCAUUAAAGACAUCGCAUUUGAAUGCAGUCCUCAUCAGAAAGAUAAUCAAAGACCAAAUGAUUCGCACAGAAGACGCCAUCUUUUUCCUAUUGGAACAAUUGAUUAACGGUUUGUCGUAUUUCGGAGAACACGAACAAAUUCAGUCCAUUCUCUUGGAUCUCAUUUUGAUUCUUUAUGAGGGAAUUGCCAUCAAAUUGGGCUUCUCUGCCAUUAAAGUGAGUUUGAGUGAAAUGAGUGGUUCCGACAUCAAUGAGUGGAACCAUUUCGAAGACAAACUCAUUAACUGCCAAAAAAUCAAAUUCACGGACAAAAAGAAGAAAGAAUUACUUCGAAAACUUGUUUCGCCACUAAUUGGAAAAAAUAUCGGACAGUUAUAUAAACACAAAAACAUUGAAAUCAAGAAUUUGAAGCCUAUUUUCUAUACCAAAAGCAGUCGUAUUAAUAAUUCAGUCGAAGACGACGUCUCUCUUUGUCUGCUAUUUAAUGACAACUAAAUAUCUCUUUUGAGUUUAAAUUGUAUUAUCAUUUUGAUUGCCAUUUUUAGUGAAAUAAAUUAUUUGUUGUAAAAUUUAUAUGAUUUAUCAAAGAAAAUGAC